GUCGCGGCGGACACUUCCCGCGGAGGGACCCUGCCGUGGCGGCGCGGACCCCAGGCUGACGCGCACGGCGGCCGAGGAGGGGCGGCGGCCAUGGACGACCACAGCCUGGACGAGUUCCGCCGGCGCUGGCAGGAGGAGCUGGCGCAGGCCCAGGCGCAGAGGAAGCGGCGGCGGCCCGAGGCUGCCGAGCGGCGGCCGCGGCGGCCGGAGGUGGCCCCCGGGCGCGGCGAGCAGGCCUCGGGGUACCUGGCGCUGGCCCAGGGCCUCCUGGAGGGCGCGGGGCGGCCCCCGGCGGCGCGGGCCGCGAGGCAGGACGCGGCGAGCCGUUCCCGCUCCCCUCCGGCCCGCGAGGGCGCCGGGGGCGGCGAGCAGCUGGUGGACCAGCUCAUCCGCGACCUGAAUGAAAUGGAUGAUGUGCCCUUCUUCGAUAUCCAACUGCCUUACGAAUUGGCAAUCAAUAUAUUUCAGUAUCUGGACAGGAAAGACCUAGGAAGGUGUGCACAGGUGAGCAAGACGUGGAAGGUGAUUGCGGAAGAUGAAGUGCUCUGGUACAGGCUGUGCCAGCAGGAAGGGCACCUUCCUGAGAGCAGCAUCUCAGAUUAUUCUUGCUGGAAGCUCAUCUUGCAAGAGUGCCGAGCCAAGGAACACAUGUUGCGAACCAACUGGAAGAAUCGCAAGGGUGCCGUGAGUGAGCUGGAACACAUUCCUGAUGCAGUUUUAUGUGAUGUGCAUUCUCAUGAUGGCGUUGUCAUUGCUGGAUACACAUCAGGGGAUGUGAGGGUGUGGGACACCCGCACCUGGGACUACAUAGCUCCCUUCCUGGAAUCGGAGUAUGAGGAGGACGAGCCUGGAAUGCAGCCAUAUGUCUCCUUUGUGAGGAUAAACAGCUCGCUGGCGGUAGCGGCUUAUGAGGAUGGCUUUCUUAAUAUUUGGGAUCUAAGAACUGGAAAGUACCCUAUUCAUCGUUUUGAGCAUGAUGCAAGAAUACAGGCACUAGCCCUAAGCCAGGAAGAUGCAACUGUUGCCACAGCUUCUGCUUUUGAUGUUGUAAUGUUAUGCCCCAAUGAGGAGGGAUAUUGGCAAAUAGCUGCAGAAUUUGAAGUUCAGAAACUGGUUGACUACCUUGAAAUAGUUCCAGAUACUGGAAGGUACCCUGUGGCAGUAGCCACUGCUGGAGAUCUGGUAUACCUGCUAAAAGCUGAAGACUCUGCCAGAACCCUCCAUUAUGUCUACGGCCAGCCUGUCACAUGUCUGGAUGUCUCAUCCAACCAGGCUGCUUUUGGUGUGAAGAGUCUCGGAUGGGUGUAUGAAGGAAAUAAGAUCCUGGUGUACAGCCUGGAAGCAGAACGCUGCCUUUCGAAGCUGGGCAAUGCACUUGGUGACUUCACUUGCGUCAACCUGCGGGACAGCCCUCCCAAUCUCAUGGUCAGUGGCAACAUGGACAGGAGGGUGAGGAUCCACGAUCUCCGCACUGACAAAAUCGCCCUGUCGCUCUCUGCCCACCAACUCGGGGUCUCCGCAGUCCAGAUGGAUGACUGGAAAAUCGUCAGCGGAGGCGAGGAAGGCCUGGUCUCUGUGUGGGAUUAUCGGAUGAACCAGAAGCUGUGGGAGGUGCAUUCGAGACACCCCGUUCGUCACCUCUCCUUCAACAGCCACAGCCUCAUCACGGCCAACGUGCCCUACGAGAGGGUGGUACGCAGCGCCGACCUGGAUGGCUUCAGCACUCACAGGAGACACCGGGGGCUGAUCCAUGCCUACGAGUUUGCAGUGGACCAGUUGGCCUUCCAGAGUGCUCUUCCCAUCUGCCGGUCAUCCUGUGUCACCACAGCGGGUUACAACUACGACCUUGCGCUCGCGUUUCCCUAUGACAGUAUUUAGGGAGUAGCCUCACUUGGGGGCAGGGCGGAAAUGGGAAGAACCAAUGUUAGGAAUUUGACAAGUAGGCAGAGCUCUGCCCCAGGUUGUAAGUGUUUGGGGAAGAACACCACCCCAGGGUCCACUUGUGUGACGCCGCACAUUCCUGAGUUGCCUUCGCCUUUCUCCUUUGCCCGCUCCUUUUCCUCGAGCGCCUGUGAAAAGCGGGGUUUGUCAGGGCUUGUUUCAUCUUACUCUGUUCCUUCUGUCUUACAGUUUUGAGUGCCUCACACUGAUGACUCAAAUUCAUACCUCCUUGCCCUCGCACACCUCCUCCAGCUCAGCCCACACCUGCUCCCACCUGUCUCAGGAGUGGCCCCCCAGCCCGAGCUGGGAUCCCCGCUCUCCUGGCCGCCUCGUGGAUUUCCCCAUAUCGUUGUGUACACUCGGCACAGGGUCUUGCUGCAGUUCUCCAGAUCAGGCCCGGCCUUAUCACUGCUUCCCAAGGCCCCUCUGUGCCUGCUCCUGCCUGCUGGCCAGCCUUCCAGUCUCCAGACCUGUCCUCUCUGGGGGCCCUUCUGUGUGCUGGGCUCUGAGCCUGCAAGGCCCCAACACCCACCCAUCCUUGGGAUCUGAGAGCCAGUGUUGGGUCAGGGUGGUCUUCUCUGACACAUCCGACCACCAUCCUCCUCCAUAAAGCUGGGGUGGCACUUCUUUCUCCUGGCUCUUAUCGCCAUUCAUGAUUAUGUAUUUAUACAACUACUUCAUUAAUGACUAUUCUGCUUCCUGUUGUGUCUACCGCAUGUGAUACAAAGUAGGUAUUUUCUACAUGUUCAUUGAAUAAACAGCCAUCCUCCCAGUGGGAUGGAAGGUGAUUCUAGGGUAGAGAAUGAGAGGAAGAGCUGUCAGAGGAACCAUGAUCUUAAAUCACUGAGAUAAAACAGGGCAACAGAAGAGAACGGUUGUCCCAUUUGAUCGAUAGCCUCCAUUUCCUAAGGAUUAGGAGGGCAAGCUGUUGAUUACUCUUGAUCCAGGUUGUUCUCAGCAGCAGCCACCUGACAGACCUCAGCUUCUCAAAGCAAAGAACUGACAGAAUUACAAGGGAAACAACGUCCUCACUCAGUGGGCAAUCAACAGAUCGAAUCGUAAAAAUAUUUAAGGAUUGGAGGAUUUUUUUUUUUUUGGUAAUUUAUAAGCUCGAUCCGAUAGAUUUAAACAUAGUUUUGUACCUUUUCAAAUACCCGUAGACCAUGCACAAAAAAUGACCAUGUAUGAGACCACAGAGAACAUCUCAGAUUGCAAAAGACCAUAUAGGCCAAAUUCGGUGAUCACAAUCCCCAAAGCAGUAAGAUUAGACAUCCGCACAAAGCAAAAUAAUGAAAACAUAAACACACUCCUGGAAAUUCCAAACACUCCUGAAUUAACUCACUUUUAAAGAGGGAAAUAAAAAUGGAAAACGAGCUCUCUAGACCAGAGUGACAGUGAAGGCACUGAACAUCAAAAUCCCGGGAUGUGGCCAGAGGGGACAGACAGGAGCUGUGACGUUAUAACAGAAGAUCAGACAGACUGAAAAUAAGUGAACUCCACCAUCACCUCAGAGAGCUGAGGAAAGAUGACAGUGAUCCCAAAGAAAGUAGAAGAGUUAAAUAAGGAUAAAAGCACACAUUCGUAUUUAAUUUCAGUAAAUAGAAAACCAACCAAUAGUAAAGUUUACCAUAAAGCCAAAAGCAGUUUUUGAAAAGACAAAAUAGACAAUCUUGAUUAAAAAAGAAGGCAUAAAGGACCAUCAGAAACAGAACCGGAGGAAGUGGGCACAGUGGGCAUUUCCUCAUGGGGACGGUUGGCCACACUCCUCUAGAGAGCAGAUGCUCUCCCGCCGGCUGUGAGCGCAUCACGCUGGUGACCGCGCGCCUUUCCUCAGCACCCUGGAGCCCUUGAGUCGGGAAGGCUUGGAUGGUUUCCCAGGUUGCUUAAGAUACUCGGUCAUUACAGAUCCACGUCCGGCCAGAGAGGACAGCGGAGCCGAGUGGGAGCUGCGGCUAGGAGGCCUCACUUACCUGUGCAGAGCACGCUGCUUCCUUGGGCCGCCUUCCUGGGAGGCAGCUCUGUCAGGAGGGUUGUCUGCUUCCUUUCAACCAAAUUCCGCCACCAAGGAGGCCAGUCUGCAGUCAGCACACGGAGUAUUCUAUUUACUGUCAUUGGUGUGUGGUGGUCUGACCCCCUCAUGACCUCGCUGAAUAAGGUUUCCGUCCCUCCUAGUCUUCAUGCAGCUGGACCCCUGGGUAGAACAAGGCGCAGUCCCUUCCAGGUGGCGUCACAGUUCAUUUUGCAUUCCUUCUCCCUGCCUAGCUUUGUAGGAAUUAAAGAGAAUUCAAAAGAAGUUAGGCCCAGAAAAGUUUAUUAGGAUUAAAGAGUUUUAAACUGUUGUUGCUCCCUGCUAACAGCUGGUCCAGUGCACAAUUUUACAAGCGCAGGGUUGGUUUGGGUUUUUUCCCAGCCUGUUUAUAAUAUCUCCCAUUCCUGAAAAUUGCCUGGGUUUUGUGAAGGAGAGUUUAUCAGACCCAAACUGUAAUCUCCAGGUACACCCACCUGAGUCAGUGUUUUCUGCUGGAAGAAAUCGGCCUGGUAGGGAAAGGAUCAGAGUUCCUUUAUAAACCAACGUUUACCCAGCGACUUAAAAAAAAAACCUUGGCCCCUAUCCACCCCUUCUGCUCACCCCGUCUUACCUCUGUCCCCGUUGUCUGUUCUGAGGGAGCUUCUGUGCAAGUUCUGAGUCUUUAGUGGAUUUGUCAUCUCCUUUUCUUCUGUAGCUCUUCUGCUUCUCAAACUCUUCCGCUCUGUCUCCCCUAACACAAGACACUCAGAUGCUGCUGGGGGAGCCAGAGGCCGGAGACCAGAGCUCUCAUGUCUCGUCUUCAAAUGCUGUGGGCCUUUGCUUUGUACUUGGUCUGUUGGUCUAAUAUUAAAUUUUUAAAUGUA